AUGUCGGUCGCCAACACCCUCCCAGAAGGCCUGGAGAUCCGAGAGAUCGACGACCCAAAAUAUGGAGCGGAAAUCGCGGAGCUGAGAUUCUCUACCUAUCAAUACGAUACGCUGUUUUCUCGCAUGUAUCCUAUCUACACGGACCCUGCUGGGACCAAAAGCUGGAUGACGACCCGCGAAAUUACAAUUAUGAAAAUGAAAACAACCAAAACCGCAGCCAUCUUUGACACAACAACUGGAAUGAUGCUCGCAUUUAUCAAAUUAACCGUCCCCGUAGAGUUACCGCUUGAGGGGUCGGCCGCGGAAAACCUGCCGGCGUAUCCAGAAGGAUUCAAUGUCCCACUUCAGAACAAGUUCAGGUCACUUUUGAAAGCAAGUGACAAAUACUACAACAAGCAAGCCGACUCCUACAUCGGUGCGCUGUAUACCCUUCCAAGUCAUCAAGGCCGGGGCUAUGGCUCAGCACUGCUCUCAUGGGCGAUUGAGCAAGCGAGAGCCACGUCUUCAAGAAUCUUCAUCCAAGCAUCUCCGUCGGGUCAUAAUCUGUACUUGAAGCUGGGAUGGAAAGAUCUUGAAAAGCUUACGAUCGACCUAUCUGAGUUUGGGGGAGAAACGUAUCCCAUAUAUAAUAUGGUAAAGGAAGCGUAA